GUUUGUUCACUCUGAAUAAAGUUUUCCUAUCUUGAAUGCCAAAAUGGCAGCCGGCAAAGCGUCCUUGGUGGCUGUUAGUGUUCGGUUUAUUUUACAGAAAAAGCUUCUGUCAGGGGCUUUAGCAUGUCCAUGUUUCGCUAACGCUACCAAAAGAGGAUUUGCAUCAAGUGUACUGUCUCACUCCAUUGAAGACCCCAUUGCAACAAACACUCCAAGCAGCGGUUUCAGUGGGCCUCUCGAACACUACAACAAUCUCAUUCGGCGUGGAGUACUACAAGAGGACCAACAGCAAAGAGCCGUUCUGCAGGAGCUAGAUCUGAUGCAGAAGAACCUCAAAGGAUAUAGCAAUGAACCUGCAUCUUUUAUUUCAAGAUUAUUCUCCAGACAAAAGCCACCAAAAGGUUGCUACAUCUACGGUGAUGUAGGUACUGGGAAAACCAUGGUGAUGGACAUGUUUUACGAUCAUGUAGACAUCACAAAGAAAAAGAGGGUCCACUUCCAUGGGUUUAUGUUAGAUGUGCACAAAAGAAUCCAUCGUCUUAAACAGAGCUUGCCUAAGAGAAAGGCAGGGAAAAUGGCAAAGGCCUAUGAUCCUAUUGCACCAGUUGCAGAGGAAAUCAGUGAGGAGGCCUCCCUGUUAUGCUUUGAUGAGUUUCAGGUCACAGACAUUGCAGAUGCCAUGAUUCUCAAGCAGCUGUUUGAAAACCUCUUUCUCCAUGGUGUUGUAGUUGUAGCCACAUCCAACAGACCUCCAGAUGAUUUGUACAAGAAUGGAUUACAGAGAGUGAACUUUGUGCCAUUCAUUGCUGUGCUUAAGGAAUAUUGCAAAAUACUUCGUCUUGACUCUGGCAUAGAUUACCGCAAAAGAAAUCGACCUGCAGCUGGAAAGCUCUACUACCUCUCUAGUGAAGACGAUGUCGAUGCAACCUUGGAUAAGCUCUUUGAUGAAAUGGCAUUCAGGCAGAAUGACAUAACCCGUCCCAGAUCUCUGAAGGUGCAUGGCAGGACAGUGACUCUGAACAAAGCCUGUGGGACCAUUGCAGACUGCACAUUCGAGGAGCUGUGUGAUAGGCCUUUAGGAGCCAGUGACUACUUGGAGAUCUCGGCGGUGUUUGACACAGUGUUCAUUCGCAAUAUUCCUUUACUCACUUUGAAUAAGAAGACCCAGGCCAGGCGCUUUAUCACUCUCAUCGAUGCAUUCUAUGACCACAAGGUACGAGUGGUCUUACAAGCCGAGGUGCCUUUAGAGGAUCUGUUUGUGAAUGAAGGACACCAUGAUGAUGAGAGGAACAUUUUAAUAGAUGACCUGGGCUUAAAAAGGGAUGCUGCCAGUUCACUGUCAAUCUUCACUGGUGAGGAAGAGGUGUUUGCCUUCCAACGUACAGUGUCACGCCUCACAGAGAUGCAGACAGAGGAGUACUGGGUGGAAGGGGAUCGGAGCUCUUCAUAGCACGCGUCGAUUCCAACUCCAUAUACAGUGGUUCUGUGUCACCUUUAAGAAGUCCAUAGUUCUCUGUUUUGGGAGGGCUUUGGAUCAUCUCUAUUAACAAUAUGUUAUUCAAUACUGUACAAUAUUUUACUCUGCUGCACUUUAUUCUAUAUUUAUUCUAGUCUUUUCUGCAGGAUGACAAGACCUGUAAAUUUAGUAUGCCAGUGGAAUGCAUUCAGUUAUUUGAAUGCAGUUUUAACCUCUUUAUUUAUCAAAUGUACAAAGGACAUUGGGGAGAAUUUGACUUGCCAAAGCAGCACAGCAACAUUCAGGAUAAAAGCAGCAACAUACAGUAUACAUCUCAUCUAUACUUUAACCGAGCUGUAAAUGACUUAAUUAAUUGUAUGUUAUUACUGUAAUUUAUCGUUGUAGGGGAUGUACCAGAGUAUAAUUGCAAAUUAAUAAUUAGUAUUCUAUGGCAAUACGUCUUAUAUUUUCUUUUAGAUCUUCUAGAUGUGUUAAAUAUCAUAACUCAAAUAUUUCUUUCUUGGCUACCUGGCUUCCAAAUCAAACAGUCGUAUUUGUGUAUUUUAAUUUUAUUUGUUAAUUAUAUUUAAAAUGUCCAGUCUAAUUCAAACCAACUUGUAUGAAAACUACAACCAAUACCACAAUCACUUUUGUUCAAGUAAAUAUAAAUUAUGUCAUAAGAAAGGAUACAGGGCUUGCUCCAAAAUCCUCAAUUUUGAGUCAAAGACCAUACUGAGAAAUUUUUGACUUCCUGGCUUCUACUUUUAAUUGAAAUGCUUUACUUUUUACUUAAAUAAAAAGCAAAGCAUUACA